CCAACAAUGCGUAUACGUGAACGACAAAAUCCUGGUUGUGUUGGUGGUACUAAAUGUCAAUUUUUUGUAUUCUGUUGGAUGUCUGGUGGUUCAUUAGGUGCAUCAUGUGGCCCAUUACAUACUUGUUGUGUAACACCAAGCAGCCAAGAUAUACAACCAAAAUAUUGGGGACCUGUUAUUAAUGAUCCACAAUGCGGAAAAUCAGCAACAAGAAUUAGUCGUAUUGUUGGUGGAUCGGAUGCAUCGUUUGGACAAUUUCCUUGGCAGGUUUGUUAACAUUUUGAAAGAUUUUCUUUGUUGUUGCCGAAAAGUUUCUCCCAAGUGUGUAGGC